CAUGCUCUCCGGGGGGAGCAAAGCCUCGAGAGCCGAGCGAACGGCCAGCGGGGCAGCCGGAAUCAUGCGCGAGACGACGCGUCAGAACAGCUCAUAACGCGACAGCGCGCGCCGGCCCCGCGAGGCGCCGCGACAGGCAGCCCAGCGCCAUGCGCCGCCUCCUCCCCCUCCUCGCGGUGGUCACGGCCGACGACGACUACCGCGCCGACGGCCCCAUGACCGUCCCCUACGACCCGGUCACGGGCGAACCGAUCAGUACCGUGCGGCCCGGCUGGAGCUGCUCCAACCCCUGUCCGACGGAGUUCACGAAUUAUUAUGGGCCGUGCUGCCUGAAUUCGGCCGGCGAAGCUCGAUGGAAUUUAGAUAAUUACUGCGAAGAUUCGCUCAAGUUCCAUACUUACUAUGACAGUGAUAUGAAAUUCAAUUACGAGUGCGAGGCGGCCGUCGACCGGUACGGCUGCGGGCCGCCCGUCGACGAGCUGAGCGGCUGGAUGUGCGCCCCGGCGUCCCACGGUCGCGGCGAUGGCGUGCUGGCGGGGAAAAUACGCCACCUCCACGCCAUCGACGCGACGUUUUCCACGCGCAGGUGGCAGUACGACCUGCGGAUCGAGUGCUGCGCGACGUGCCAGCCGGACCAGACGCGGCGGCCGACGAAACUACCAACUCCGAAGCCCACCAUGUGGCCCAUCGCCGAGAAUAUCACCGUGGUUUAUGGUGAUGAUUUCGAGGAGGAGACGACGGACGAGUUCCAGCAGGGCGUCGGCUUUGCUACCGCUACUGCUGGUGGGUCUGUGGGAGGUGUACCUGUGGCAGCGAUCCUUGGUAUUGUCCUAGUCUUGCUCGCAGCGAUAGCUAUAGACAAACUACAUAGAAGACAUAUAAUGAGAAAGUUCCGGCAGGCGCAACUGGCGAAUAGCGACGACGCCGCGGCGCGAGUCGGCGACGGCACGCCGCCGCCUCGGACGGACUUGACCCUAAGGCAGCGAUUAUCACGAUGUUUAUGGAGUAUCAUACAAUCGAUGGCGUGGUCCUUUGGUCUUGUCAUCACAAAGCCUAUUGACCGGAUUGAUUACCUGCGAGGCAAAUUCGGCGGUCGGAGGGUCGACGAGGCCUUCGAUGAGUUGGGGAUCGACGAUCCGUAUGAACGAGUGAAGUGGCAGGACAAGUGGCUCGAGGUCGAUGCUGACGAGUCCAUGGCUGUUGAUAGGACAGAGUUUUCUGAGUACUUUCGUCUACCAGAUGAUACCUAUGGGAAGCGAUGUUGGAACAUGUUCCGCAACAAGGGCAAUGAUUCCUGCGGCUUCGUCGAGUUCCUGAGGAGCUGCGCGGAGUGCUGCCAGUGCGAUCGGUUGAGUAGUGAGAAGUUCGCGUUUCGGUUACUGUCGCGGUAUUGCGAUGACAAACCUGAAAAGUUCUUGAGGAAACGAUGCCUGGACGUGGCGGACUUGGAAGCUUUUUUAUUACAUAGAAGCUACGACAGUACAAAACAGGAUGCCGACUACGUCGCGGCGCAAAAAAAAAGAGCAAUCAAGAUUGGGCUGUAUAUCGAUGCGGACGCGUCGGGCGGUAUAUCGUUUGAAGAAUUUCGGAAUUUUUGUGAGAAAUCUUUGGUGUUCGUGGCGCUCGGGCACAAAUAUCAAACGGCCCUGCGACGGCGUGUUUUCGGGGACCGGUACUGGUUCGACCUUACACGUAGACUGCGGUUGCGGAGGGAGCCGCCCCCGAAGCCGUGGUACCAGCGGAUCUUCUCGAAGAAAACCAAAAAAGUCGCGCCGGCGGGCGGGCCGGCCGCGCCCGACGCCAUCCGGGCGCCGCGACGGCUCGCGCCGCUUGGCGGGCCGGCCGCGGCCGAUGCUACCAGGGUUCAUUCAAGGCGCCUCAGCCACAUCUCGGAGGUCUCGGAAGGCUCGGAGGAGCACUCUGUACGGUCGCCGAAGCGCGUCGCCUUCUCCGAUGGCAUCCCGCCGGCCUCGCCCGCCGCGCGCUCGUCGUCGCCGACGCGCCCACGGUCGCCGAAGCGCGUCGCGUUCACGGAGGCGCCCGUGUCGCCCAUCACGGUGGUGUCGGACGAUUCGACGCCGCCGCUCCCGCCGGGCGCGCGUCCUACUUCCCCGAAACGCGUCUUCUUCACGGACGACGUCCCGACAAGACGGCCACCUUCCCUGAACAUCCGGCCGUCCUGGGGCUCCGAGUCGGAAGUUUCCUCUGUGUCGUCGUCCUCGGCCUACUCGGCGAACCUGUCUCCGCUGUCCGAUGGCUCGCAACGCCGCUUCCCCAUCCUAAAACCGAAGCCGCGACUCGGAAUAAGAAAGUGGAUGAAGCGCCAGAUGUACGGGGUCGCGCCGGAGGAGCGGUGGCAAGAGCAGAUUGAAGAUUACUGUGCGAUCCUGUGUGGAAAUUUUACGGCGCGUUCGUGCUGAAUCGUCGCGUCGACCUCCACGCCAUCGACGCGACGCCUGCUCGAUGGCGUGGCGAUGCCGCCGCUCGGCCGAGCCAGAAGGGCCGCGUCAUGGUGCACCCGACACACUAGUUGAUUUCCACACAGGUGCCAUCCACUAUCCCGAUCCACGACCUUUUGCCGACUGGUGUCCUUUGUUCAGAGAGGACUUUGGCUUCGUUUAUGAACAACUAAAAAAGGCGGACGAGCAGCGACGGGCCGUGGCGAAGGCGUCCGACGACCUCCGGGGCGUCAUGGACGAAAAUUUAUGCAGGAGGUUGAUCGAGACUUGUGAAACGCUAUGCCAUGACCCGCACACGCUAGAAGGCGCUUUUCAUAAAUGGAAGGGCCGCAUGCUUCGUAGUACGUGGAACGAACGACCCGUCCACGCGGACGUCCAGGAUCGGAUCAAUGCGAAAACACCUUCCCACGAAAUCAUGGCGGACCACCACGCGUUCCAUCAGCGCAAGCACGAGCUCCAUCGACCGAACCCGUCGUUUCGCGACGACCUCGCGCCGUUGCCAGAUUUACAAAAGUCGCGGAAGAAACGGCCGCGGACCGCGCCCGUCGGGCUACGGGAAAAGCGUAGGCCGUCGUCGGCCCGCGGGUUGCGGCCCUACGCCUACGAGGCGUCAGCAUCGUCGCCAAACGAAGCCUACCGUCAAACUAGAAGGGCGCCGGUGCAUCUGCCGUCGCUGCGGGGCCGGUGCAUGCACAAGCUCGGGAGCGACGUGCCCGACGGCCACAAGAUCGUCGUCGGUUCGCAUGGCGUCGGGCGGCCAACUUUCUCCGGGUGCGGGGCUUUGUCGAACAUUGGGGCUUCGCGGCGGCCGCGGACGGCGCCUAGUCGAUCCGUGCUGUACUAAUGUUGUUUAAGUUUCUUA